AUGCGCAAGGGAAAGAGAUCCAAGAAGCGCAACGGGGUCGACACCAUGACCGAGACCGAGCAACAACAUCCUCGAGGCUCCGUUGGGCCCGUGAUGCAGGAUGGACGGGACGUAGCUAAGGUACAAGUCGAGGUUGAAACUGAGAAACUGACUCUGAACGACGACCCCGUUGACCCGGCAUUUCUUGUGCCGCUCCUCGAGGACGCCACCUCCAGCACCGAUGCGAGCUCCACCACACCACCGCCCCAAGACACGCUCCUCAAGGUCGUCAGCACCCCCGACCGCGGCCUCGCCGUCUUCACCACCCGCAAAAUCAAAGCCGGCACCCUCAUCCUCGCGGAACGGCCGCUCGUCGCGCUCUCCAAGACCGAAGAAAUUGACCCGCAAUCCAUUGAGCGCCACUUCGCCGCCCUGUACAGACCGGACCAAAAAGCGUACCUCUCCCUGUUUGACGCGCAGAAGUCGCGCAUGUCCCGCGUCGUCUCGAUCUACUACUCCAACUGCUACAACUGCGAGUGCCAGGGCGACGGCCGGGGCGAAGGGUCCUCCACCAGAGGUGGAGAUGGCUCCGGCUCCGGCUCCGCCAUCGGCGCGCUCUCAAGCCGGAUCAACCACUCUUGCGUGCCGAACGUGCAGUUCUCGUACCAUGUGGCCAAAGGGGAAAUGCGGUUUUUUGCGGUGAGGGACAUCCCGCGCGGGAGGGAGGUGUGUGGGAAUUAUGAGCGCGAUGUGUGCCAUCGCGUGGCGGAGCGGCAGAGGAGACAGCGCCUCCAUUAUGGCUUUGGGUGUGCUUGUGAGGCGUGCGUGCCUAGGACGGAGUUCUGGGCGAGGAGCGACGAGCGGAGGAGGGGGAUGUAUGAUGCGUUGGGGAGGGUCAAGGGGUUGGAGAAGAGAUGGGGACAGAAACAGGGACAGGGACAGGAGCAGGGCGAGGGACAGAGUGAGAACGAAAACGAGAAGGCUCUGAUCGUGAUGGAAGCUCUCGAUACGCUGGCCAGGCUGGAAGGCCUGUUGAUAAAGGAAGGCCUCGUCGGUGUGCCGUUGGCGAACGCGUAUAGGCGGAUGGCGAAAUGGGCGGGGAGGGAUGCCAAAACGGCCGCCACCACGCAAGAGGUUGUCAAGUGGAAGACGCGAGAACUGCAGGUCUGCGUCAAUUGUUUUGGCGGCGAUGGUCAGCGUACACAAGACAUUAGGGCCGCAUUGGACGAUUUGAGUCCUCAGGAAGAGCGAUAUGUGAUGUCUCAUGCAUGCCGAGUGUCUUCGCAUGUCUCCUUAUAG